UUUGAGUGUACAGUUUGCCACCAGACGUUUUCAGUAAGCGCAUAUCUUCGCUCUCAUCUGCGAACCCACACUGGAGAAAAGCCUUUUGAGUGCACAGUGUGCAACAAGACGUUUUCAGUAAGCACAAAUCUUCGCUCUCAUCUUCGAACCCACACAGGAGAAAAGCCUUUUGAGUGCACAGUGUGCCACAAGACGUUUUCACAAAACGGAAACCUGCGCAAACAUAUGCGAACUCACACUGGAGAAAAGCCUUUUGAGUGUACAGUGUGCCACAAGACGUUCUCAGAAAAUGGGCAUUUGCGUACUCAUCUGCGUACCCACACUGGAGAAAAGCCUUUUGGGUGUACAGUGUGCCACAAGACGUUUUCACAUAACGGAGACCUGCGCAAACAUAUGCGAACUCACACUGGAGAAAGGCCUUUUAAGUGCACACUGUGCUACAAGACGUUUUCAGAAAGUGGGCAUCUGCGUACUCAUCUGCGAACCCACACCGGAGAAAAGCCUUGUGAGUGUACAGUGUGCCACAAGACGUUUUCACGAAACGGAGACCUGCGCAAACAUAUGCGAACUCACACUGGAGAAAAGCCUUUUAAGUGUACAGUGUGCCACAAGACGUUUUCAGUAAGUGGGCAUCUGCGUACUCAUCUGCGAACCCACACCGGAGAAAAGCCUUUUGAGUGUACAGUGUGCCACAAGACGUUUUCACAAAACGGAGACCUGCGCAAACAUAUGCGAACUCACUGGAGAAAAGCCUUUUAAGUGUACAGUGUGCCACAAGACGUUUUCAGUAAGUGGGCAUCUGCGCAUUCAUCUGUCAGGAAGCGCAAAUCUUUGCUCUCUUCUGCGAACCCACACUGAAGAAUAGCCUUUUGAGUGUACCGUGUGCCAAAAGAAAUUUUCUCAAAGUGGGCAAAUGCGCUUACAUUUGCAAACACACAUAUCAAAUUACAUAACUCUACUUUAUCAAACCCUUGUAUUUAGCUGUAUGUUUUAGCAAAUGAUUUUGCAUGUCAUGUUAGUUUUAUUCUUGACCUGAAUAUACGGAUAUUAGUUUUUGACGUGUCGCAGGUGACUCAUUAAUUUUAGUGUCAUGUGUCCUUACCAACUAGACUUGUACAGACUUGGCAUGUUUUGUAAUCUUUAUUUUCAAGCUUAUUCUA